AAAUAUACAAAUUAUUUCUAUUUCUAAUAGGUACUUAUCUACUGCGUUAACCUAAAAUAAAUUAUGUACAGUAUUUUAUUGUAAACAAUAACAAGAUUUUUGAAAUUAUUCGGAAAGAAUUCAGAAACGUAUCAAUAUUUCAUGGAAAAAAAAUUUAAUGAAAAGAUAACCUAUAAGUACAGAAUUGAGAAUAUAAAUCUUCGAUGUAUUAUUAUUGUUAAUCAAGAUGAGGAUUUCAGCUCGAUUGCUUUCUUCUGUAGUUCAAAGGAGACCUUUCUAUGUUACUACACCUAUAUUUUAUGUAAAUGCCGCACCUCAUAUCGGUCACUUGUACACAGCCGUAGUUGCAGAUGCCAUACAGCGAUUUGAGAAGUUGACUAACCCAGAUUGUAAAAUUAUAUUUAGUACAGGCACUGACGAACAUGGCACUAAAAUCCAACAAGCGGCAGCCAGAGCCAAUCAGUCCCCACAAGACUACUGUGACGCUAUGUCAAAAGAGUAUAGAGAUUUGUUCAAAGAAUUUCAUGUGGAGUAUACAGACUUCGUGCGGACUACUGAGGAGAGGCAUUUGAGGGCAGUUAAACAUUUUUGGAAAGAAUUAAAGGAUCAAGACUAUAUAUACAAGGCAAAAUACUCUGGCUGGUACAGUGUAAACGACGAGGCGUUCGUGCCUGAGGCUCACACGAGAGAAGAAGUUACUGACGACGGUAAGGUGAGAGUGUCGGUAGAAUCAGGAAACAAAGUGGAGUGGACCGAGGAGAACAAUUACAUGUUUCGGUUGAGUGCCUUCAAGACACACCUUAAGAAUUGGCUGAAAACAGAUGGCGUAGUUCAACCUGCAAAAUUCCACAAUCAACUCCAAGAGAUGGUGGCAGACGAUGUAUACCUUCCAGACAUCUCAGUCAGCAGACCUGCAUCCAGGGUACACUGGGCUAUUCGGGUACCGGACGACGAAGAACAAAGCAUAUACGUGUGGCUCGACGCGCUGGUGAACUACCUCACCGUCUGCGGGUACCCUGAUGAUGAGCUGAUGAAGAGCAGAGGCAGACCCUGGCCGGCUGACGUGCAUGUGGUCGGCAAGGAUAUCAUGAAGUUCCACGGCAUCUACUGGCCGGCGUUCCUGAUGGCGGCGCGGCGGGCGGCGCCGCGCGCGCUGCUGGUGCACGCGCACUGGACGGCGCGCGGCGCCAAGAUGUCCAAGAGCGCCGGCAACGCGGCGCGGCCGCGCGACGCGCCGCCCGCCGCCGCGCGCGCGCUGCGCUACCUGCUGCUGCGGGAGGCCACGCUCGCCGAUGAUGCGAACUACAGCGAAACGAAGCUGAUAAACACGGCGAACUCGGAGCUGGCGGACACGCUGGGCAACCUGGCCAGCCGCAGCACGGGCGCCGCGCUCAACCCGCGCGCCGAGUUCCCCGCGCUGCCCGACCCGCACGCAGCCGGCGCCGCGCAGCUGGCACGCUGCCGCAGCCUGCAGCCCACGCAGGCGCUCAUGCGCGAGCUCGAGUUGCUGCCCGAGAUAUGCCACAAACACUACACAAACUACCAGUUCUACAAAGCGGUGGACGCAGUCAUACGUGUGUUACACCUGGCCAAUCUGUUCUUCGAGACCCUAAAGCCGUGGGAGUUGAAGAAGAAACCGGAAUGCCAGAAAGAAUUGGACGUUGUCUUGCACAUAACGCUGGAAACCCUGAGAAUCUGCUCAAUUAUUUUACAACCGAUCGUUCCAGAUAUAGCGAAGAUGGUUCUAGAUAGAUUGCUGAUUCCAGAGAACGCAAGGAAUUGGAACGACUGCGAAGUACCCUCGUGGAAUUUAAAAGAUGCUGUACAUGAGACCAAGAAGAUUCAGAGUGGGAAGUUUGUUUUGUUUCCAAGGGUAUAUGUGGAUAAGGGGGAGAGGAAGGCUAGUGCCAAGACUGGUUAAUUUAUGUAAUAAUUGUAUAAAUAGAAUCUAACUGUUAUUAUUUUUGAUGAUGCAAGAAGUAUUGCCUUUACAUAAGUUUCGGUUAAAAUGAUGUCUUUCAGGUACAUUAGAAAAUGUCGAUGUAAGAUAAUGGUUCAGAAAACGGUGUUUUAAAUUUAAAAAUACGUAUUGAGUGUUCAUUCAUUUUUAUAUACUGGGUCCUCUAUCUUGGACAUUUCUUUAAAUGUUAAACGUAAACUCGAUGGUUUUGUAGAAUGUAAAUAGAGAUGUGCCUUAAUUUAGUUACAAUGUUUAAUGUAUAUAUUAUAUUGUUUAUGUGUGUGUAAAUUUGUUUGAAACGUAAGUUUUAAAUGCUAUUUAAAGGUUGAUUGCGAAUAAAAUAAUAAAUCGGUCAAGUGUGAGUCGGACUCCCGACACUGAAAGUUCCUUACAAACUAAAGUGGAAAUGCAAAAAAAAUUGGUCACGCACCCAAUUUAUGACCGUGUCGACCUUAACCUCGAUUUUUUAUUAUUUGUUUUUAAAUCGACAGCAGAAAUACAUCGUCUCUGAAUUUCAACUAUCUUACUAUCACCAUUCGUGAGACAGGACUGCCUGGUGACAGACGGACGGGCAGACAUUCAGACAAUGGACAAUGAAGGUUUUGCCUAUUGGGUACGGAACCCUAAAAUAAGAUAGGUAACAAAAUGUAAAUAGUAGUUGUAGUUAGUCAACAAAUGUGAUGUCUCAGUUUCCCGAUGUUUUCUUUGGUUUUUCUAUCGGUUAAUAUGAUAAAUAUUGUUUUUUUAACGUGAUACAUUAAAAACGUCAAUUUUCCAUUUUGGACUUUAUUAGGAAAUACAUAACACGUAAGACGAAAAUCUAAUAUUUUAUUAUAUAUCUUUCGGUUAAACUUCAUAUCUUUGUUAUAAAUUAUACGCAUGUAAAGUAAAUGAGGUGGCGUUUAUCUCGACAGUUAAGUAGCGUGUAGGAAUGUUGAAUAUGCCCAUUUGAUCAUAUGAAUAAAAUAU